AGCAAUAGUACGAGGAGCAGGUUGUGACCAUAAAUAACGGAUCGGUCGAUGUGUGAUGUGCUUUCACUUGUUGGAUGAGGACUCGUUUUCGCCUCAGCUCCGCCAGGAACGGUCACAGGAGGAGUACUUCUUGCUUCUGGAAUGCAUAGAGAUGGAGCCCUAAUCACAGCGGCCGAGGGGAGAGAGAUGAGACUGGUUUAUGCGUUCAAUUCCUCUGUUUUGCUGCUGGGUUUCACCGAGGAGGAUCUGAUAGAUAAAAACAUCAUUCAGUGGCAUUUCAGCAAAGCGGACAUCUCUUUGCCCAUUUUAGAUUACUACAUCAAGAGUAAGACCCUCACCAAAACUGAGCUGUAUAAAAAUCGGGUUGACUUUAACGAGUCCAAUGGGUCGAUACUGCUGAAACAUUUGCAAAUCAGUGAUAGUGGGAAGUACCAAAUCAAAGUUAAUCUGGAAAACAGCAUGGAAAAGAUUAUACACCUGGAAGUUUUUGUUCCUUUGUCAAAUCCAUUCAUUGUUGUUAACUCGAGUUACGUGGGAACCACUGUUGAGCUGAGCUGUAAGGUGCUGAUGGGAGAAGCGACAGAUAUUUAUUGGAUGAAAGAAGAGCAGAAGCUUUUUGGUGACGACCGCCUUCGGCUGAUGGACGACAACAGAUCGCUGGUGAUUGCUGAGGCCGAAAAGUGGGAUUGUGGGAUUUAUACUUGCGUCAUGGGAAACUCACUGGGACAGACAAACCACUCAUACCAUCUCGUCAUUUACGGUCUGACAAUUUCCCAUAAGGUCAUACUUGCAGGUUCAGCCAUCGCAUUUCUAUGUGCAUUGAUGUCCUUUACUGGAAUUGCAUUCCUUUGCAAUCAAUCAAAUAAGGAACAGUUGGACAUCAAAGUCCAGAACAAAAUCUUCUUCACACACCAUACUCUGGCCAUCUCGUCAUUGAUCGCUUUAAUCUGUGCAUUUAUUUUCCAACUGAAAGUUAGUGGUCCUUCUGCAAUAAUAUUGGUUCCUCUGGUGAUUAUAAUUGUCGUAAUAAUUAUUGUGACAAUAUCCACUUUGGAGAUAACGAAGUGUUGCAUGAAACAUUUCACCAAUAUUCGCAAGAAUAACAUCUUUCGUGUCCUAAAGGAUGUUGCAGUCCCCUUCAGUGAUCUUUUAACCAUUGCGAUUUCCUUGGUUCUGUUGAUUGAGAUAUUUAAGACAGCUGAUAAAGGAUGCAGUCUGAAGGCAGACAUACAAAACAUUGUUGCCCCAGUGGCUAUUAUCUUUUCCCUAAUUGCCCUGACGUUGAUAGUUUUCUUUGGCUUGUAUAAUAAAAGGCAAAACAGAAACAAUGAUGCUGAAGACCAGAAUGGAGAGGAAGUGGUUUGUCUUCAAGCAUAAAGAUCCUAUUGAGUCACAGUGCAACGGGAUUUUUAAUGUCCACCUGAACAGGCACAGAUGUUUAACAUCUCAGCUGAAAGACUUUCAACUCUUGUGGACUAAAUUAUUCUGUAAUUCACAACGGAGAGGGAGACGUGUUCGAUGUAAACACGAGGGAGAAGGGAAUUGAAGGGUUGAGCAGGGAGUAUUCCACAACAGCAACAACAAAUUACAUUUGCACAGUGCCCUUCACAUUGGGAGGGUAGUGGAAGGAGGGUGACUGCAGACAGUCGAAGGGUGCGGCAGGUCUCGAGAUGUGCUUGAAGGGGGGGACAGGAGGGCGCGAGUGAAUGGACUGUGGGAUGGGAUUCCAAAGGUUGGGGGCAGAGAGGCUGAAAGCCCGACGGCCGAUGAUGGGGCAGGCCAGCGGGGGAUGAAGAGCAGGCCGAAGCCCGCCGAGUGGAGGGAUUGGUAUGGAGUUAGCAGGUCACAGGGUAGAGAGGAACAAGGCCGUGGAGGGCUUUAUAGGUGAGGACGAAGAUUUUGAAUUCUCUCCUUUGGGGGGAAGGAAACUAUUGGAGUCAGACGAGGGUGGGGGGUGAUUGGGUCACAGAGCCUGACGCAGGAGAGGAUAUGAGCUGCAGAGUGUGGAGGGACGACAAGCAGGGAGUUGACGUAUGUGGAUGUAAUAAAUCUAAUAAAUGACUGUGUGGAUGAGGGUCUCUGUGGCCUUAGGGGAGAGGCCAUGGCGGUGCCGGGGGAUGUUGCAGAAGUGGGGAAGGCAGAGCAGGUCAUAGCACGGAUUCACUAUUUACUAUAGCAGAUUCACCAGAAGGACAACAAGAACAACAAAAUUACAUGUAUUAUAAAGGGCCUUUCAAGUCGGGAGGACGUCUCAAGGCGCUGGAAAGACAGAGUCACGGACCCGAGCUGGGGGUCAGGGUGGAGAAGACUGGAGGGUGGGGGGAGAAGCAGGGAGGUCGAAAACAGGGUCGAAGAGGAGGGUCUUGAGGUUGAUCUUGAAGGUGGCGCGGUGGGGGGGGCGCGAGACAAAGCUCCAGAGGUUGGGUAGGUUUAAAGGGUUAAUUUAUCAGGAAGGUUGCAUAAACUUGGUCUGUAUUGAGUCCCUUUUUGCUUUCUAUCCGGGAACUUGUUUGUUCAAGACGAGUGUAAUGAUCUUUCCUGUCUACGAAUAAAGGUAUGUUUUGUUUUAAAUAAAA